GCACACAUGGCCAAGCAGCGCUGUCAGAUCAUCGCCCCCGUCUCUCUCCUCCUCCUCGGGAUCCUAGCCAUUCUCCUGCUCGCCAUAACUACGGACGACGUGAGGGAGCCUCCGGACUAUAUGUAUGGUAUAGUCCUGGACGCGGGCUCCUCCCACACUGCCAUGUACGUCUAUAAGUGGCCGGCAGACAAGCAGAAUGGCACUGGCAUUGUCACGCAACACAGCGAGUGUCACGUCAAAGGUGGGGGGAUCUCCAGCUAUGCUAAGCAACGUGGGAGUGCUGGACACAGCCUGGAGACCUGCCUGAAUCAGGCCACCACAGACAUCCCCAAAUCCAGACACCACCUCACACCUGUGUACCUGGGCGCCACCGCGGGCAUGCGCCUGCUGAACAUCUCUGAUCCCACUGAAUCGGAGCAGAUCAUGGCGGAGGUGGGUCAGAAGAUUCGGUCCUAUCCUUUCAGCUUCCGAGGGGCAGCCAUCUUGAGUGGCAGGGAGGAAGGGGCGUAUGGGUGGGUCACUGUUAACUACCUGCUGGAGAAUUUCAUCAAGUACGGCUUCGUGGGGCGCUGGCUGUGGCCGGGGAAGGAGACGGUGGGCGCGCUGGAUUUCGGAGGAGCGUCCACUCAGAUCACGUUUGUGACUCAGGAGGCGGUGGAGGACGAGGCGAACAGAAUGACGCUGCGUCUGUACGGGCAGGAGUACACUCUCUAUACGCACAGCUUCCUGUGCUACGGUCGGGACCAGGUGCUCCGGCGCCUGCUGGCUCACCUCAUCCAGUCUCAGGGUUAUGGGAACUCCGUCUCACACCCUUGCUACCCCUCGGACCACAGUGUGUCUCUGAAGCUGGAGAAGGUGUUUGACUCUCCCUGCACAGCGAGACAGAGACCGGCCUCCUAUGACGGGCAGAGUGUUCUGAGUGUGCAGGGCACCGGGCACUACGAGCACUGCCUAGGCAACGUGUCUCAGAUCUUCUCCUUCAGCGGGUGCUCCUUCUCUCGGUGUUCCUUCGACGGCGUCUUUCAGCCCGGCCUCAGUGGGGGCUUCAUGGCAUUCUCUGCAUUCUUCUACAUUCACUCCUUCCUGCAGAGGACCACCGGCAUCACGGUCACCUCCCCCUCUCUCCUGCAGGAGGCGGCACGCACUGUGUGCAAUAUGAGCUUUGAGGAGAUGCUGGAGAAAGCGCCGGACCAGAAGUCCCGUCUGCAGGAUUACUGCGCUGCCUCCGUUUUUGUGCAGGUGCUCAUGCUGCGUGGCUACGGAUUCGACGAGAUCUCCUUCCCGCGAAUCUCCUUUCAGAAAAAGGCUGGGGACACCUCUGUGGGCUGGGCUCUGGGCUACAUGCUGACUCUGAGCAGCCUGCUGCCGGCGGAGGGCAUGGCCAUGAGGAAGGCCCUGCGGCCCGAGGCCUGGAUCAGCCUGCUCUUCCUCUUUGCCUGCCUGCUGCUGGCAGCGCUGGCAUACCUGCUGGCCAAUGCCUUCCGCGGGAAUAAAGGCGGCGGAGAUGUCAUCUAAGCACCAUCAGGGGGCGCUCCCUUCAC